AAUUAUUUAUAUCAAAUUUUCCUAAAAUAAAAAAAUACAAAGAGAGUAUUAUGAAACUAUUAAGUUUAAAAUUCCUAACAUUUAAAACAAAGCGGAAGAAGUAUGAGACGAGAUGUGUAAUAUAAUAACAAUAACUCGAAACAAAAAAAAAAAGUAAUAAUAUAAUAAUCAUAGUCCUAUAUAUAUGAAUCUGAGUAAAGAAAAAGGGGGCGGCACACAACUGAAAAAAUUGUGCACCAAAGUUGAAGAGAGAGAAGAAAUGGAAGAGGGGUUAUUAUCAAAGGAGGAAAAAACCCAGGAAAGAAUAAUAAUACUCCUAAGAUGGAAAGAUAUUGGAGAAGAGAUUAAGAGAGUGAGUUGGUUAGCAGGUCCAAUGGUUGCGGUUGUUCUAUCUCAAUAUUUUUUACAAGUCAUUUCUAUGAUAAUGGUUGGUCAUCUUGGCGAGCUUUCUCUCGCUAGUACCGCCAUCGCCGUUUCGCUUUGCGGUGUCACCGGCUUCAGCCUUCUGCUAGGGAUGGCAAGCGCGUUAGAGACCAUUAGUGGGCAAGCUUACGGAGCACAACAGUACAAGAAACUGGGAACGCAAACAUACACCGCCAUUUUUUCUCUUACGUUAGUGUGCAUCCCCCUCUCUGCCCUAUGGAUUUACAUGGGAGAAGUCCUCAUUUUUGUUGGUCAAGACCCUUCAAUAUCGCGUGAAGCUGGUAAAUUCUCAACAUACCUUUUGCCUGCCCUCUUUGCUUAUGCAGUUCUUCAACCUCUUGUCCGGUUUUUCCAAUCCCAAAGUUUGAUCAUGCCAAUGGUUGCAAGCUCCUGUGCCACUUCGUGUCUCCACAUACCCCUUUGUUGGGCUUUUGUAUUCAAGUCUGGACUGGGAAACCUUGGUGGUGCUAUUGCUAUGGGUAUAUCAAAUUGGUUGAAUGUGAUUUUUCUGGUGUUGUACAUGAAGUUCUCUUCUUCGUGUGCUGCUACUCGUUCUCCACUCUCUAUGGAAAUAUUCCAUGGAAUUGGGGAGUUCUUCCGUUUAGCUAUUCCUUCUGCUAUAAUGAUUUGUUUAGAAUGGUGGUCAUUUGAGUUGCUGAUUUUACUAUCAGGCCUUCUACCAAAGCCAGAACUUGAGACUUCUGUUCUUUCCGUGUGCUUGACAACUAUUUCAACACUCUAUGCAAUACCUUAUGGAGUAGGAGCUGCUGCAAGCACCAGAGUCUCGAAUGAACUUGGGGCUGGAAACCCACAGAGGGCUCGAAUAGCUGCCUGUGGAGUUUUGGUGAUUGCUGUAGCAAAUGGUGUCUUUGUUAGCUCAGUCCUUUUCGCUACACGGAAAGUAUUUGGCUACACUUUCAGCAAUGAAAAGGAAGUUGUAGAUUAUGUCACCACAAUGGCACCUUGGAUUUGUAUUAGUGUUAUAAUAGACAGCCUACAAGGUGUUCUUUCAGGUGUUGCUCGGGGAUGUGGCUGGCAACAUAUAGGGGCUUUUGUGAAUCUUGCUGCUUUCUAUCUUUUCGGAAUUCCAGUUGCUGCAAUGUUAGGCUUCUGGUUUCACAUGAGAGGAAGAGGCCUCUGGAUUGGGAUUCUCUGUGGUGCUACUGCACAAACAAUUCUUUUAACUAUCAUAACAUGCUGUACUAACUGGGAAAAAGCGGCAAAUAAAGCAUGGCAAAGAAUUUCCAAAACGAGUUAUGGAUCAGAGUCAAGUAUAGAUGAGCAACGACUACUGAUUCACUAGUUUUCAUAUGAGCAUAUCCCGUCUCUUAAUAGCAAAAGUUCCAGACAAAUGGUGCAACUGUUGGAGUUUGUCGCAUACACGUACAUUACAAACAGCAAUACAAUAUUUGGCUGUGAGUAAUGGCACUUUACGCCACAAUUUUGUGCUAUCAUGAAAAGUAGAAGGAAAUGAUUAUACGAGUAUGUGCUAAAGUAAUGUAUGAGGAUCAGUUUUAGUGCUCAUAUCAGUAGAUUAAUGAAAAAUCUCAUUUAGCUUCUGUAUUGCUGGCUCUAACUUUCAAGUAUCUCUAUUGUCAAUAACUAGGGUGGACAAUAACCACUAGAGGUGUGGACAAUCCAGUCUAGAUCUAAAAUAACACGACCGAUUGAUUUAGGUCCGAUUUCCGGUCUAUGAUAUCCCUAGAUCUAGAUUUCAGGUUGGUUUCGAGUUAAACUUUAAAAUUGCCUUCAAUUAGUAAAGUAGGUGGUUUUUUUUUUUUUUUUGGGUAACAAAUGGAAUAUAUAUGAUCAAGCCCAACAUAUUCACGUGACAUUAUUUUCAUCUUUUUAAAAAAGGUAAAGUACGUUGUAGUAACCAAUAAGGUCUUGGCCUAAUGGUUGAGACUGAGGAUCUUUGUACGUCUUUAGUGUUUUUUUUUCACAAAGAGUACAUAAAGAAAGAAAAAGAAAAUAACAAAGAGUACCAACUAACUAUACUACAAACUAUGUUUUCAAAAAAAAAAAAAAAAAAAAAAAAAAAAAAAAAAAAAAAAAAAAA